AUGAGGGUCAUUCGAGCGUACGAUGGACGCUCCAUCGUCGUCAAUCAGCCGCUUUCACAAUUCGCUUCGCUCGAUGACCUCCUCGACUGUCUCUCGCUUGCCACAGAGAUCCCGUCCGAUUCCAUCAUCUGUAUGACCUCGGACGGCAGCCAGCUCAAACAAGAACUGCUCGAUCGCAUCAUCCAGCAAACUGCCACUUCUCCAUCGGAAUCAUCUUCUGCUGCCGUUGUGGAACCGAAUCCUUCUUCAUCCACUCAUCAGGAUGCACACCACCAAUCACAAAACUACGAGUUUUUUGUCUACAAUCGCGAGUUCCUCUACACCGACCCAACCGAGCUCGCUGCUGAGCUCGCAGAGCAUACCGUUCUCGAGCCGGUACCACCCAUGCUCGAUGUCGAACUUACCUUUCCGCCAACACCAAAGUCGCUCGAAGCACUCGUCAGCUGGUCAGCUGAGAUCGCCACGCUGGUAGCCACCUACGAGCAAUCAUGCCACGACCUUCUCGAGCGAAUCACCCUUAUCGCUCGCAGUCUACAAGUCGCGCUGGCAAACCUUCGAGAUCAUGCCGACAACAUUGAAAAGGGUGCCAACGCGCUCAUCGAUGAUGUGGCGCAGAAAGAACUCAAAAGGAUGCACAGCUUACUCCAAGGCUACGAACGCGAUCUGUGCAUUCUCGCAAUGGUGUCCAUUCAUCCCCGACUCCAAUCCACCAGUGCACAGAUGGCCAACGCUGCAGCAACAUCCUCCACCACUUCUGCACAAAACGGCAACGGUCCUGCCAACGGUCAGUCGGGCUUGACUAAGCCCAAACAUCGUACCCUGGGUGACUACAUCAGCAAGUCCAAGAUGAGUGCUGUCGCUGACGCCUGCCAUCGCGUCUACACUGAGCUCCGCGAACGCAUCGAACGCAUCCAGACCGAGCUCUCGCUCGUUCGCAAUGACACCCAGGGUCUGUCCGAGGAGGUCCAGUCGACAACACCAGAGGUAGCCGACGAGACCUACCAGCGCGCCGUCGAAGCUCAACUCCGUACCCAACAGCUGUAUGCGUUUAUCUGCUCUACCUGUUCACCAGAUCCUCAAGGAUGGCCCGUGGCCGAUAAAAUUGAUCAAGAGACUUUUGACGAGAUUGUUCGCAGCUCCAAUGAGCUGCUGUUGCUGGACGAAGUGGUGCGUGAGGCUGUUCAGCGUCUCACACAGGACCGCAACGACAUCCUCGAGCGCAGCCUUCACUUGCUCAUCGACAUUUCCGCGAUCCAGUCCGAAUUUACCGAAACUGGCUCUCUGUUGGCUGCAGUCGAUGCAGAUCUACAUUCCAACAAGCUCGAUGGCUUCAAGCAUCUGCAUCGGCUCAAAAACAUGCUUUGGGCCUAUGGUGCCACCGUUGUCGAAGUGGUCAGGCGGCGUGAGUUUGCGAAGCACUUUUUGGGCAAGUCACAAUCCCUUGCCGAGCUCAUGGCAAAAGUAUCGGCGUCCGAAUGGAAGCGCAGGCAGUUCUACAGGAGUGACGUUUCUUCGCUGUUGCCCUGGGAGGUUAAAGGUAUGGAUGACAAACCACCCAGUCUCGAAAUCACCACACCACGUGUCAGCAGCGAGGGCAUGGCCGACCUCGGCCUUGCAGACCUGCAGGCGCUUUACGAGCUGCUCGACCAUAUCGACUAUCAAUUGCGCGAGGACGGCAUCGACGGGGUGGAUAGCCCCAUUCCGGAGGUCAAAGCUGCACUUCAGGCCCUCGCCGCAGCCCUGCAAGACUUGGAUGACGAAUUUAUCCACCUCGUCAACCACCAGCUUCUCAAUCGUCAAGAGCAAGAGGACGAAGCUUCGGACGACCAGGGCGACGAGAGCGGAUCCGACACUUCAAUUCGUGCGAGGCAACGCUUGCGACGUCGUCAGCGUCUCAGCGCACCGCUUGCUGCCGCCAAUGCUCAGGAGCUGACACAGCUUCGAAGUGAGCUCGCCGCCGCCAAAGCUGCGCAAGAGCAAGCCGAGCAUGGACUCAAAGCUGAAACCGAGACUCGCCUGGUGCGUCUCAAGACCGAGAUUGAGACGCUCAGGCGUCAGGUGCAAACGGGCAAAGCGGACGUAGCCAAGCUCGAGGCCGAGAAGCGCGAAGCUGAGGCACGUAUCGACACGCUAGCAGCAGAUCUGGAGCUUGAGCGCGAACGUCGUCUCAACAUGGUCGACGAAGUCAAUCAACUCCGUCGUGAUCUUGAGCAGAGCCAUCGAAUCGAAGCACAAGCCAAGCAGGAAGUUAUAGAAGAAGCCGACCGUGUCGCCGAGCUCGAAGCACAGGCGCAUGAGCUUCAUGUCGAGCUGGAAGAGGCCAAGAGGGCUCGCAUCGACGCAAGCAGUCGCAUCGAAGCACUGCUGAGUGAGGGUUCCAGCUUUGAAGGCGAGCUUCGCACAGCUCAAGCUCGCAUUGAAGAGCUUACAGAGCAGCUCUCAAACGCACAUGCCGAAGCCGCCAAAGCUCGAGAAGCAGCAACCGAGGUCGAGACCGCGAAAGAACGACAGAUUCGGUCGUACCGUGCUGAAGCGGAUGGCGACCGUGCCAUCUUGGAGGAGAAGGUGCGAGCGCUCAAGGCGGAUUUGGAUGCCAAGACCAAGUUGCUCGAGAAGCAGACCAGCAUCGCCACACGAGCCGAACAGAGUCGAAUCCCUGACCGUGAAGCCAUCGAUUUGCUGCGUGGCCAGCUUCGAGCAGCCGAUGUGGCGCACGAGGAGAUCGUCAAGGAGAUGGAUCAUGCCAAGGAACUUGCUAACGAGGCCGAAGCUUCACGUAGAGAAGUGGAGGCCAGUCGACAGCUGCUGCUCGAGCGCUCUCGUGGCCUGCUUGCCAAGACGAGCUUGUUGCGGAAAGCGGUACGCGAUAUGCCCAAGCAUACCUCCUCACGUCAAGCAUUGUCCUCCGAAGCAGCACAGGCGACGGACAAGAACAAUGCUAACGCAGCCUCAACUCCUGCGUUGGCGGCAUCCUCGGGAGCAGUCGUUGCAGCUCAACGUGCCAUCGCCGCAUCAACCGGCAGCUUAUCCGUAUCCGAGCUUUCAGAAUCGCAGCGUCAGGCUGCACUUGAUGCAUUCGACGCCGAGGCUGAAGGGGCCACCCUGGAAACAACACUUGAAGCGCUGCGCGCCUUGGAUGUGUCCGAAAUGUACGACGAAAUCAAAGGCAAGCUCGACUCGCUCAACAUUGUGGUGCGUAAAUGGCAGAAGGCGUGGAAAUCAGCCAACGAGAAAGCCAACAAGGCCAAUCAUGCUGCAAGAGAAAAGAUUGCCUUCAAGAACUUCCAGGUCGGCGAUCUGGCGCUCUUCUUGCCGACUCGCAGCUCAAACCUGGCCUACAAACCUUGGGCUGCCUUCAACAUCAGCUUCCCUCACUUCUUCCUCAAUGCCAAGGGCGCUCUGGCGGAACAGUUGCGGACCAAAGAGUGGGUUGUCGCACGCAUCACAAGCAUCAACAAUAAGGUCGUCCCAACAGCUAGCCAAGUCAAGUCACUCAUUCAAGGUGAGUCGGAUGCGGAUGCGAACCCUUUCCGGCUACCUGAAGGCGUUCGUUUCUUUAUGCUCGAUGUCGAGACUUACGGCGGCCACAGCUCGGCACCGCCGGCUUUGCGAAGUCGCAAAAGCUCAUCGGCGACAGUCGAUGGAGGAAAUGGCGCGGCUAACGAUCCAUCGUCGCACCUCAAGGAUGCAUCCAGCCAUCCCAGAAGCCGAAGUGAAGGUACCCUUACCGGCCUCAAAGGUCUGGUCGAAGAGCACAAAAAUGCACCUGGAGGUGGAGCAGAGCCUUCGGUCGCCAAACCUUCGCAAUUGCAGAGCAUAGCUGCAGAGGCAAGCAAGAGCACAACGCCGAAGGCUGUAGAUGAUCAACAGAUCGUUCCUGACGAUGAAGCCGCUGGAAGGACGAGCGGCUUUUCGUUGCAUUCCGACAAGAUCGAGGCACCCGAACAGUCGACACCACCCAUGCAGACGCCGGACACUUCGCCUCGUCUUGGGUCAACAGCGGUAUUGUCAGCUCCAUCCUUGGCUGAGAAAGGCAGGAGCAAGGCACAACAAGAUGAUAAUACGGCGGAGACACGCUCCGCAAUCUCGACGUCGGCUUUGACACGUGUCAUGCGAAGUGCUUCUUCUGCCUCGUCGUUCCGUACAGAAGGUGGGAUAAGCGCUGGUGGGGUGGGACGUUGGAGAGCCGGCUCUUCGGCCUCAGCAAAUGCUGCGCAUUGGCCUUCGCGCAGCAUCACUGGUAUCGCAGAGGAGCCAACCGCACGCCACCGCGAUGGCAAUGAUGCAGAUACCUCAAGCUCCACAGAUUCUACGAGCCAUCGGUCUACGCUGAUCGAGCAUGCUACUAUGACACCUGCUUUUGGUCGUGCUCCGAACAAACGUCGGUUUGAAGCGGCAGGACGAACUCACAAUGAGUCUCGCUCUGGUCGCGCUGCCGCUGCUGCCGAUGCUGCCGCUCGACGCCAUGGCGAGAGCCAGAGUCCCGAGACCGGAUUGCUCGACGGCUGUAAUGCCAGGUCGGCUCCUGCAUCGCAGAGUCGGUCGGAAGGGAUUACCAUCCGUGCACCACAGCCGCUGCAUUCAGAUCUGUCAGACACUGCCGUCUCGAAUCCUUUUUCACAGUCUCCUGGACCCGCAUCGCUGCCUGCUGAUCGAGAGGGAAUGGGCACGCUGUUGCGUGGCCAGACGCGACGCAAGUCAAGUCUGCAUAUUACCUCGUCUGCAUCUGUGGAUGACGAGGUGGGCAAGAGGGAGGCCCCGAAAGUGCAACGCUGGCCUAGCGACGCUGUGUCGAAGGCGUCGCAGCGCACGACCUCGUCAGCGUCGACUGCAUCGGCACCAAGUCAGGCGAGCGGAGGCAUCCGUAUUAACGGACGAAGCAUCGUAGUCGAUGCGGCGGUGCUGACAGGCGCGCAUCGAAGCGAGGCGUCGUCGUCGUCUGUGGCGACGACAGCUGUGACUGCGGCGCAUGCGAUCCCGGGUGCUUUCCCAUCGUCUUUCUCGUCAUCGGGAUCGCUUGCCAGUCCGGCUUCACCCUCGGUGGGGCAAGGUCAAACUGAAGAGGCAGGCUUAUCCUCGUCAACGGUGCGUCAAGCCUGGCGAUCUCCUCGCUUUAGCGGUGCAGCAUCUCCGAGUCGACCUACGCUCAGCGGUACACAGAAGCCGUCAUUCUUGAGCCAGACGCUGGGACGCUUCACUGGAGCGGCGGCGCAAGCUGUGCAAGCCCCUCCCUUUGCGCCGAUUGCUAGUGAGAGCGAGACAGCGAGAAAGCGGCGAGUGUCGCGUCCGUCGUUGCUCCAGGCUAUCGCACCGAUGCAGGACGCAGGAGGCGCAGAAGCAGAAGCAGCCAGCGGCACAUGGCAGCAGACGCAUAGGGGUACGCCAGAGUCGACCGCGUCCGGUGUCUCUGGGUUUUCCAGUAUGUCUGGCAACGGUGCCCAGGGGAUGCUCAAGCGACUGCAGGGUCAACAGGGAUCGCUGCGGUGA